AUGACAUCAGCUUUUAUUUAAUUAUCUUGUAUUAUUUAAAAUUUUAUAAGCUUUAUAGCUUAAUUUAAGUACAUACCAAUAUUAUGCUAUCUAUUCAGGGCUUGCCGAUUUUUUUAUGCUUUCUAAAGACCAUGGAAAUUAUUUAAGUUCAAAGGACUUAGCUUUACUGUAACUAUGAUUAUUUGUUGUAUUUCUAUUGGACUACUUGAAACUUUUACUAAUUUUGAUCUAAAUAUUUUUACAUAGUAAGAGGAUUCUUAAUAGAAUUAUUAAAAAAUAAUGCCUAGAAUUACAUUUGUAUAUAUGUCACAGCUUAUUUUGAUUCUAUCAAUAUUUUUUAUGAGAAAAGUUAAUGUAUAAUAAUUAUAAAUAAUUUUAGAAAUUUUAAUAAUUUGAUUAUUGGAUAGCAUUUGCAAUUGAAAUUUUUCAAUUUUCAGUCAAAAUAUUUUUGAUCAAUUUACUUGAAUUUUUUGAAUGCAGUAAUUCUCAUGAAAUUCCAUUAUUUUAUUAUAUUGAUUGUUUCAAACUAUCAUCUAUGUUAAUUUGCUCAACAAUUUUACCAUUAUUCUUUUAACACUAAUCCAUAACUGAAUUGCCAUUUGAAAUGGAGUGUUCUACUUUUGGAUUAUUUAUUACAUAACCUUAAUUUAUAAAAUUGUUUUAUGAUUACCUAUGUUAUUUUGAUAAAAUAAAAUCAUAAAAAAUGCUUAUUGAUGAUUCACGACAUGUUUAAACAAAUAUAAGAGUCAAUAAUAAUUUUACAACAUUAUUUGAGAAUGAAUAAUAAUUUGAUUUAAACAAAUCCUCAUUAUCUAAAUGUUUUAUUUCCUAUAUUAAUUUCUCUCUAUGGUUAGAAUAAGAAUAAAUAGAAUCUAAUUUUUAAAAUGAAAAUGAAGAAUUACUUAGUUCAGAAUUCUUAUUUUUUUAAGAACUUAUAUCAGAAUAAGCAAUAUCUAAGAUGACAGCAAUAAAAUAUAAUAAAUAAUUUAAUAAUUUAGGCAUUGAUUCAAGUUAAUAAGAUUUUGCUCAAGAUUAAAUCAAUAUAAAUAAAGUUGAAAAAAUUUGGUUGUAUAGAUAGAUUCUUUAUGAAAUCUUAAAAGAAGUUUUCGAGUUACACUUUAAAUUCACCAAAUCUUACUAAGCUUUGUAUAAUCAUUGUGAAAGAAAUAGAAAAAUAUGGCUCAGAUUAGGAGAAAUUGGAUUAACUGGACAUUGUAAUUGA